AUGCAAAAAGAUGUUAGAUAUUAUUUAAAUGGUUUAUAUUUGGAGUGUGAAGAUCCUUAAUCAAAAUUUAUCAUCUAUGUUAUGAAUGAAGAAUUUAAAGUGAUAUAUGCUCCACUUGUCCCACUUGUCAAAGAUCGGCAUUUUAGAAGGUAAAUUGAUUAUAUUCUAUUAAGACUUUUGUAAUUGAUUAUUAAGGCAAGGGUGGAUUCUUUAAAAAAAUAUUCUAAUAGAAAAUCAUAUUGGGGAGUUUACCCCAGUAAAAUUUAGAUCAAUGAAGGAAUUGAUUCAUUCUAAUUGGAUUCAUGA